AUGAAGGGAAAGGAAGAUUCCAUGUUUCCACCCAUGGACAAGCUGGCUGCUUCGGAGCGAACUCUAGAAGAUCUCGAAACCAAUACGACCGUGGCACCGUUCUGGAGGAAUCGCACGACCAUUCUGGGUGCCGCGCUCAACAUCAUCGUUGGGUUCACUGGCUCUAGCGCCCUCGCGUCGUACUAUAGCUUGCAGGGACUCAUCAAUACGGCCCAGAUCUUCGCCUUGAUCCUCAACACCAUAGCUCCCGUCGGAGGUUAUGACCGUGUUGGGGAGAAAUGGAAGGGCCUCUUUCUGGGUACUAUACCCAACUUCCUCGCCCUCAACUUUGCCUCGACGCUCACCGAGUCCAUCAUAUUCCUGCUCGCCUUCAUGGUCAUAACUUCCAUCCUACUCUUCUACUUUCACCGACAGACCCGAUGCUGUGAUCGCUAUGUCGCUCUCGAAGGUCUCCAGUCAGAGGAUCCAGGAAGUCGCUGGGGCGUUCUGAUCGUGUCCUUUCUGCUCACGGUUAUCUAUCUUCCUCUCAGCACCAUCGCCGUUCACGUUCUGAUUUGGUCCGAUGACCUCUGGGUCAAUGGGAACCCAUAUGGCAACGUUACCGGGACACCUCUGGAGCUGCCGUCACUGGGUCCAGCUAGCGAGUUCCGGGAACCGCUGGACUUCUGCUGGACGACGACGAUGAAGAAGAACGAGAUCAACUAUGCGCCUGUUGUCAUCAUCUUGGCGUUGAUUGUGGUUGUCUUUUUAACCAUCUGGUUCCCGAUAUCCUUGCGGCGCGUCAUAAAGCAGUCGGUACCAAAGGUCGAUCAUUACACCGAACUGGGCCGCAAGCGCAACUCCGUCGAGAUGGACAGCGAAUACAGGCGCCUCCUCGCCCGCGACAACAACCCCUUUGCAUUCCUUUACUCUGCUUUCCGCCGCAACUGGGGCACCUACCACGCCAUGUACCACUUCGCCAAGCUUAGCACGCUCGUCAUCACCGCAGUCUUCGCCAAUGACAACUGCCUCUUCCGCUCCGUCUCGCACACGACGAUCCCCAUCGUGCGACAAGUCUUAUUGCUAUCGACGACGGUGGCGUUCUUUGGCGCGCAGUGCCUGUACGCUCCGUUCUUGGACCCGGUGAACAAUGCGAGCGAUGCGGUGGCGCUUGCAAUUCGGCUCGAUGCUCCGGGGAAGGAAUUUUUGAACAGCUAUGUACUUUACGCGAUUUACAUCCUAACUUAUGGCCUAAGCAUCUAUUUCACGUUGAUCAGCUUCCCCUUCGUCCAGACAUGGGUCAAGCGCUGGACUCGCCGCAUCGACUUCAGUAUCGAUAUCUUCUCCCCUCAUCUGGACCUCACGCCCUUCUCCUUGCAUGCGAAGAGGAGGAUCUGGCAAGAGUCGAUCUCCACCUUGCUCCUCACCAACCCGCAAUGCCGGAUCCCGGCGAAGCAAAGGAUGAUGUUUGCUGAGGGCCGAAACUCGGAAUACCCGCCAUACCUGCUGGACUUCGAGGGUACACCAGGCGAACGGCAUGUGGAGAACUUGAAGGCAUGCACUAGUGAUGAGCGCCUCUCGUCGGUGAUACUGACACCAGCCAUGCAGAUCCUUCGCGAAGAGGGCAUAAUGGCCUACCGUCGCGCCGUCACACUCACCACCGGACCCGACAGCCCUCGAUUCUUACACCUGCGCGACCUCAUCCAGCAGUACUUCGUCGGGCCCGACUGCUACUGGAAACCCUCAAGCAAGAACCAGAUCGUCAACUGCAAAGCGCACUUCGGCAACGCGUGGUGGAUACCCUUCCCGCCGACGCUGGUUAUUCGCUACGAUGAGGGCCCGCUGGCCGUCAUUCGCGAGCUGGCCGACUUCGAGGAGUAUAUUCAACAGAAUUCGAGCCCGGAUAUCAGGCGGAGGAGGCAUGUGCGGUUGUGUUUGCGUGCGCUGGAGGGGCAGACUCCCAUCGGCUCUGCCGGCUACUGGUGUUGCUCAAGCACUCGCUACAAAGCACAACACACGCAGCACUUCCAUCAAUGCCAGCUGCAAAUUGGCCAUCACGGCCAUCUCAAGUUCAAGAAGCACCAGCUCGGCAGCGGGUUCGACGUCAAGCUCAAGUUCUCCAAGAAGGUACAAACCACCGGUGCAGUCAUCGGGCUGGACGAGGACUUCGACUUGACCCCGUCCCUCGCGCGCUUUCUCGCGAUGAACGAGGACAAGAUCGACCUUCGGCUGCGCGAACUGGAGAGCACGAUCGAGGAGUACCGACAGCAUGCGCGUGCGGAGUGCAGGUGGAAGGAGGAGGUGCUGACGUACCGAUUCCUUGCGUUUGUGUAUGAUCGGCCGCAGGACCCGUCAAGGUUGGCGGAGAGCUCGAUAUUGCAUGAGCGGGAUUUGAGGGUGCGGCAGUUGAUGGCGGGGAGCGAGGGUGUGUUUGAGACGGCGUAUGAACGCUUGGAAAUCGUCACCUCCAGCGAGGCUGCGUGCUGGUGGUACAUCUUUUGGGAUGACUUCUGGAGACGAAACCGGGACGCGGUCAAGGCGCUCAACACACACUCGAAGGAUUUCAACCCUCAUUACCCGACGUGUGUGGCGUACACGCCGCUCGCACGACCGGUGCUGGAGUCUUUCCUCAUCCAGAGGGGGUUGAUGUCGAAGCCAAGACGUCGGAGCGACCUCUUUCAUUCUGGGUUCCUCAAUAAGUUAUAUUUGCGGCUGAACGAGACCGUCUUCCACGAUACGAAUAGGGCAAUCAUGUUCCACUAUGGCCAUGGCGGGCAUGAACUCGAGAUGACCGAUGUCGACCUGGAGACCCAGGGGAAGCCUUCCACCAUUGGCACAGGUGGCGGAACGGACCACGACCUGGCAGACAUCCGUGUGCGACCUGCGUACCGGUGGGAGGAGCUUCUCGGUGACCCAGUGCGCGCCGACGGGAGAUGGCGGCGCCGCUGGGUGUCCAGAAUCGGUGCUUGGCUGGGUUUGACGCCGUUGUGGCUCGCCGAGUCACAGUCGGAAGGACUUUCGGUGGACGUAAAGUUGGAGGAGGGACGCUACGUGCUCGUCGAGCCGGACAAUCGGACAAGUAAGGAGCGUAGUCGGACUGUGUACUAG